AUGUCUCAAGGAAGGAAAGGUUUAAGAAACAAAAAGAACGAAGAAGAUGUGGAAGUGGAAGAAAAUGUGGAAGUGGACGGAGAAACUCAGCAGGCGGAACAAGAGCAGAGUGUAGCUCAAGUUCUACAAGAGACAACAGGAAUAACACAAGAACGAGAGGAAAAUGUCAAUAUGACAGCAUUGAUGUCUUUAAUGAUGCAGAUCAACAAAAAACUGGAAGAAAAUUCUAAAGAAAUCAAAAAAGAUAUGAAAAAAAUGGAAUAUAACAUGGAAGAAAAGUCUAAAGAAAUCAAAGAAGAUAUGAAAAAAAUGGAAUAUAACAUGGAAGAGAAUUCUAAAGAAAUCAAAGAAGAUAUGAAAAAAAUGGAACAAAAAUUGGAAGAGCAUUCCAGAAAAAUGGAAGAAAAUAAUGCUAAAAUUGUGAAACGAUUAGAAAAACAGAUGGAUGAAAAAUUUGAUGCUUUAGAGAAAAAACUAGCAAGUGAAAUAAAAGAUAUACAUAUGGAACGGAACAUAGAAAUCCAAAAAUAUAACUUAGAAGCAAAAAUUUACGAAGAAAGGAGAAAAACUGAAGAAAAAUUAGAUGAUAUGCUACAAAAUAUCCAAACAAACAACCAUCAAAUAAGGAAUGUAGAACAGAGAAUAGAAGACAUUUCACAAAUAAGAGACAUAGGGAGACCUUACUUGAAUUUAACAAAUGAGACAGGUAUAAAAUUCUCUGGUAACAUAAAAAAUUUACAUCCUAGAGUAUACAUAAAUAGUUUAAAACAUAAAUUAAGAUCAGUGAAUAAUAUUAAUGAUAUAAAAGAUUAUAUUAGAAUGACAUUAAGUGACAAUGCAGCAACCUGGUUUGCCAGCAUUGAAAACGAUUUAGAUAAUCUGCAAACAUUUGAAAAUAAAUUCUUAAAUUAUUAUUGGGGUGAAUUAGAACAAGCUAGAUUUAGGGAAGUUUUAUAUUUUGGAAAGUAUAAUCGCAAUUUAAGUUUAAAUAUGGUAGAUUAUGCUUUAAAAUUAAUAACUGUUGCAAAAUAUUUAGAACCACCACUUAGAGAAGACGAAACAGUUUUGAAUGUUUCUAGACACUUUGAAGCGGACGUUGUGCAAACAGUCACAGUACAAAACAUUCAAACAGUAGACAGUUUUAUUAACUUUAUUCAAAGAGUACAAAGAGGUUAUAUUACAAGUAAUAAUAGUAAAAAUAGACAAUCAUAUAACAAUAAUAGGUAUGGUAGUAAUUCUCAAAAUUUUAAUAACAACAAUAAUACUAGUUAUGAGAGACAAGGUAAUAGAGAGAAUUUUAAUAAUAAUACUAAUGAUAAUAGACAAGAGAGACAAGGUAAUAGGGAGAAUUUUAAUAAUAAUAAUAAUUAUAAUAGGCAAGACUUUAACACCAGGAGAAAUGCACAAAGAUAUAAUUACAACAGACAGGUAAAUUAUGUAAGGGGUCAGAGCUGCGAAGACAGUCAACGGAAUAGUACAUGGCAAGAAAAUAUGAACAGUAGAAGUGAAAGCAGUGAAAGACAUCGAGAAUUAGAUCCAAAUGAUCAGACACAAUCUGACAAUCCUAAUAAUCCAAAUUUUAUGUAG